GACGGAUGCACGAUGUACAUCCAGGGGACGAUCCAACGAUACGUUUCGCCUAUAAUGAUCCUGAACCUAUGCACCCUUCAGGCGAACGGGAUGAUGGUAUUAUUAUAAAAGCGGCUGCAAGUUGUGUGGCUUAGUCAGUCUUCCGGUACCGUUCGUGCGAGAUACUGCCAGAGGUCCUGACGAGUUAUCCCGAGUCCCGGCGCGAUCUUCAUCGUAUAUUUAUCAGACCCACCUAGACUCUCGGAUCGCGAUCGUUCAUAACAAAACGGAUCAUUGCAGUCGCACCGCGAAAUCCCGCGAAUCCACGAAUUUGAUGCGUGCUUCAUAUAACUGAACAAUCCAGGUUGUUGAGUCCGCGAUCCUAAAUAAACUCCAUAGGCAUUCAAAGGCUUGGAUACUUCUAAAUUAUAGGGAUCCCAGUUUGCACAAGCGAAAUUUUAUAUGGAUGAUCGCAUUCGCAGUUACAUCGGCACAUUAGCCGAGACUGGUGUAUGUCGAUUCGCCUGUAAGAUGUUUUCGCGUUCUUCAGCAAUAGACAUGAACGAGUUCUACAAUGUAGACUACUGCUCGCUCUUCCCAAACUAUAUAAGCCCAUCCGACAAGAUUCUGAGCGUUUACACCGACUGUAGCAUACCGAAGCGACGAGCAACUGCAUUGAAACUACGCUUCAGACUACGCCAGUGUUCAAGCGAUUCUUGAAAUGACUGGCAUCUUAUGUAUUAUAACCCUGACUCCUUUUGUAAAUGAGAAACAGGAUACAAUGAGAUGCGACGUGUGUCUUCAAUCACUGAAUCCGGGAUCUGGUUAUGAAGAACAUGUUUCUAGGCACUUUACCAGAUUUGAUUGUCUCGUAUGUAAUCGGCGAUUUUCUUCGUUUGAAGUUGCUUUGUCUCAUUAUAAGACUAAACAUUGCAAAUCAGUAUUUUUCAAGUGUAAACACUGCCCUUAUAUCAGUCGAGUCAAAGACAAUUUGAGACAUCAUUUCAGAAGCCAUAGAGUAGGAAAAAUAACAUCUAUGAAAAGUUGAUGAAUGAUAAAGAAUCUAUAUGAAGGAUUUUAACAAGAUAUUAUACUUAGUCAUAAUUAUGUACC